AUGUCGUCCUCGCCUUCUCCGUUCAAAUCAGCCGCGACGUACCAUCUACUCAGCUAUGGCACCCUCUUAGGCUCAACCCUCUUCCAAUCCUUCAUCAACGGCGUCGUCGCCUUCAAAGUUCUCCCGCGCCCCCAAUUUUCCACACUGCAACGCCACACUUUCCCCAUCUACUUCACUCUCCAGACACUCACACCCAUGGCCAUGCUUUUCACUUACCCAUACGGAGGCCCAUCCUCCCUUCUCCCCGUGCUCUCCUCCCAUACCAAGAUCCAGACAACAACAGACACCCGCUCCGCCUGGUUAAUUGGUACAAUGUUCAUCACUGCGCUUGCGAAUCUAGUAUACAUUGGCCCUGAGACAACGCGGGUGAUGGGGGCCAGGAAACAUCAAGAGACGAGAGAUGGGAAGAAGAGUUAUGACGCCGGACCGCAUAGCAAAGAAAUGGAUCGCUUGAAUAGGCGGUUUGGCAUUUUGCAUGGGAUUAGUAGUUUAGUAAACAUGGUAGGGCUGGGGGCAAUGGUUGGGUAUGCUGGCUUGCUGGGACAGAGACUAAGUAUGUAG